CAUAGUGACUGUAGCCGUGGAGACAGUUACUUACCAACGGGCGCAACACUCAGCAGCAACUGGAACACAACGAGCAAGUGAUUUGAGAGAGUGGAAAGAGAACACAGCCAGGGCAGAACUUAUACAAAGCAAAGGUUCCCAGCAUGCAGAGUUCAGAGGGAGGGUCCGAUUCGUCAUCCAGUGUGGCGCUGCGUACGUCCACCUCCGCCCAGGCCCCCGUGGUGCAGCCUGUCCCAGCCUCACAACAGAGAGUGCUGGUUCAGGCCACAGGCUCGGCCCAGAAGGGAGCGCAGGUGCAGCAGCUGUCAGUCCCCCGGGUGCAACAGGUCCCUCAGCAGGUCCAGCAGAUCCAUCAUGUCUACCCCUCCCAGGUUCAAUAUGUAGGAGAGGGAGGAGAAACAGUUUACACUAAUGGAACCAUAUCUGAGGUCAUACCUUUACAUUAUGGCACCUCUCUCCCUAGCCGGACAGCCUACUCCUAUAACCCUGAGGCCCACCUGUAUGGCCAGGGCAGUGGAGGAGCCUAUUUUGACUCUCAGGGCGGGGGUGCCCAGGUCACCACGGUGGUCUCCUCGGCCAGCGGUGUGCCGCCCCACGGCAUGGUGGGCAUCGCCAUGGAUGUGGGCGGCAGUCAGAUCAUCUCAGGCGGCAGCACCUACCUGAUCCACGGCGGGGGCAUGGAGGGAGGCCGCCACCACGCCUCACACUCCUCCCGCUCCUCCUCCACUAUGCUUGAAAUGGCGAUUGAAAACCUCCAAAAGUCGGAAGGGAUUGCAACUCACAAAAGCAGCCUGCUCAACAGCCAUCUGCAGUGGCUGCUGGAUAACUAUGAGACAGCGGAGGGGGUGAGCCUGCCCCGGAGCUCCCUCUACAACCACUACCUGCGCCACUGUCAGGAGCAGAAACUGGACCCGGUCAACGCUGCCUCCUUCGGGAAACUCAUCCGCUCCGUCUUCAUGGGCCUCAGGACCCGCCGUCUCGGCACUAGGGGCAACUCCAAAUACCACUACUAUGGCAUCAGACUGAAGCCAGACUCUCCACUCAACAGACUGCAAGAGGACUCUCAGUACAUGGCCAUGAGACAGCAGCCUGUGCACCAGAAACAAAGUCAUCCAUUAGUUCUUCCCAGCCCCACCCAACAUAGCUGUGCUGCCCUCUCCCCUCUCCGCAGGUUCAAGCCCCUCCAGAAGGUGGAUGGCAUGGGGGACAGCCUGUCAGGAGGCUCCCAGCAUUCAGCCAGCACCCCAGAGCAGUCUGUGGCAGCCCAGAGCCAGCACCAUCAGCAGUACAUUGAUGUGUCCCAUGUCCUGCCCCCGUUCCCAACCCCUGACCUAGGCACCCAGCCCCUCCCCGAGCGCAUCAACAUGAACGAUGUGAAGAAGUUGCAGAACCUGUACAGGGACCACUGUGAGGCUACUCUGGAUGUGGUGAUGAACCUCCAGUUCCACUACAUUGAGAAGCUGUGGCAGACCUUCUGGUAUUCAACAGCGCCAUCUAGUGACGGAACCACCACCAUCCCCAACAGUGAUGAGGACAUGGAGGGGGUGAUCCCCAGGCAGAAGCUGAUUGCGCUGUGCAAGUAUGAGCCUGUCAAGCUCUGGAUGAGGAACUGUGACCACAUCUUGUACCAGGCCCUGGUGGAGAUCCUCAUCCCCGAUGUGCUGCGGCCUGUCCCCAGCACUCUCACUCAGGCCAUCCGCAACUUUGCCAAGAGUCUGGAGGGCUGGCUGACCACAGCUAUGAGCGACUUUCCCAAUGAGAUUGUCCGCACCAAGGCGGCGGUGGUGAGUGCAUUUGCCCAGACCCUGCGUCGGUACACCUCUCUGAACCACUUGGCCCAGGCGGCCCGCGCCGUGCUGCAGAACACCUCUCAGAUUAACCAGAUGCUCAGCGACCUCAACCGUGUCGACUUCGCCAACGUACAGGAGCAGGCGUCGUGGGUCUGCCAGUGUGACGAGAGCGUGGUUCAGCGGCUGGAGCAGGACUUCAAGGUGACCCUGCAGCAGCAGAGCUCUCUGGACCAGUGGGCCGCCUGGCUGGACAACGUGGUCAACCAGGUCCUUAAGCCCCACGAGGGCAGCCCCAGCUUCCCCAGGGCCGCACGACAGUUCCUGCUCAAGUGGUCCUUCUAUAGCUCCAUGGUAAUCAGGGACUUGACCCUGCGUAGUGCAGCUAGUUUUGGCUCCUUCCACCUAAUCAGGCUGCUCUACGAUGAGUACAUGUUCUACCUGGUGGAGCACCGCGUCGCCCAGGCAACCGGAGAGACGCCCAUCGCUGUCAUGGGAGAGUUCAGUGACCUUAACUCGAUGAUGCUCAUGGACAAAGACCCGUCCUUCUCCGAUGACAUGAGUGACAUAGGCAGUGACGAGGGCCGAGGGCCCAACGAGCCGGCCGUGAAAAGGGAGAGGAUCGAAAUCAACCACUCGCUGCAGGAGAUCUGAGACCGGAUGAGGCAAGGCGAGGGCCAUAGCCCAACACCCCAGGAGCCCUGCUGCCGCCCUGGGCCCUUCUGGUCCUGUCAGCACACUGAGAGUGGCUAGGCUAGCCCGCUACACUGCCAGUGUGUUCAGUGUAUAUAGAGAAGAGUACUAGGCUCAGCCCCUACCCUACCACCCCUCCUAGUUAGUGUAGUUAAAGGGGGGGGGGGGAUCUUUAUCCCAGGGAAAACAAUGAAUGCUCACCAAGGGAGGCUGGUUUGACCUUUAUAGGGGUAUACAGUUCUAAUUUCUCUCCGUUCACUUGUUCCCGUUUUGCAACUGUGAAUAAGGAUGACUUUGUGCAGUACCCAUGUUGGAUACGUGUAACUUGGUAUGAGUGGUGUGUGUUUCUUAUCCUUUAUUAGCUGUGUAAUUUCAGUGCCUUAGAUAACUCUUUAACCGCCACUACUACAGAUGUCUAUCUCCUCCCUCAGCUGUGCCUCUACCGCAGUAUGAAUGUAUUGUUUCAGAACCUCAGACAUUCUAAAGCACCUUUAAACCUGUAGGUGUAGGAGUAUACUAUACAUGUUGCCUCUGUUGCUACUGGCAGCUCAACCCACAUUGAUGCAACCCACUGACCCAAAGGACUUGUCCCUCUCCUACCAGCGCGGCCACUCUUGGCUCUGUCAGUAAGCCCCUCAUAAUUGAUUGGGAGGGAGGGACCUCUAUCACCCUGGCCGUAUGAGAUGAUUAGUUACCUCAUCCUUUUCUAUGUUCCGUUCUUAUGAGGCAACUAAAAGAGAGAAGCCACUGUUACUGUUAAUUCUACCAACUCCCCCUAACUCAAGUAACCUUCUCCAUGUAUAUAUCACUUUUCAUCCAAAUGAUAACGAUUCUAUGGUGCCAUUUGGCAGAAACUCAAUUUCAGGAUGCACACAAGGCUAGUCUCAUUGAUCCAUGACUGUAGAACUUUGGGGGUGUUUCUACAUGUCACAUCCCAGAGUCUAGGACAAGCCAGUUGCAUCUAUGUUGAUGAGACAUUUAGAUAUGUUUAAAAGACAAAGGAGAGUGGUUGACUGUGUUCAGGAAACCACCAGAUUGUACGUAUAUAUGAUGAUCUACCUUCUGGGUUAACUGGAGGUGUCUGGCAUCCAUUUUGUGGAGCUGUAUGUCUGGCCCAAACUGGGCCAAAUCAAAUUUCUUAAGGGAUGUAAAAUAGUAUGUAUUUACCAAAACGUGAAAGAGCGUUGGACCUCCGAAGCCAAAACCCUCAAAGGAAACUCUAGAUGCAUCUGUUCAGUUCAACUGAUGCUGUUAGUUCAGAUAGGCUUUCCCCCUUACCGUUACUGAAAUGGACUCAUUCCAUAUUGAUUGGAGGGAAAUAUUCAGAAUCUCCCAAUCCAUGUUUAUUCAUUCAUAUUGCUUGAUAUAUGAAAAUGCAAACUGCUUUUGAGUCGGUUACUCUUAAGAUUUUAUGAUAUAGCCGUACAAUUGUACUGUAGGAGGCCUGAUUGUGCAAAACCAACAAACUGUUAAACUUUCAAAUAUAAAUAUUUCUUAAUAAGAUGUAAAAAAUGUGUGUUCAUCAAUGGCCUUUGGUAUCGCUUGGUCUUUCCCCAAUCAUUUAUCUCUCCCCACACUGUAUGGUUUGUGUUUUUAAAGGGGAUGUCCUCCUUGCUUUGAUUAUUUAGUGGCUGGGACUGAUGUGUACGACGCAGACGUUUGUCUUGUUUUGAUAAUUUUCUGUGUCAUCUGGUCAACACAUCAAUAUUUAACUAACAACGUUGAUAUUUGGGGUAUAAGUGCCCAAUUAAGCUAUGAAACGGCAUUCGCGGAGACUGCAUUCACAGUAAACUGUGCAUAUGUCUGCUCAACCGGAAAUUACAACUGACAUGGAGCUUUUAUUUCUAAACACUUUUGUUUGAGUUUCCCCUGUUCCCCCUCAGAUUUUGUAGUAGCUAUGAGACUUCUGAGCUUGAGUUAUUGAAGGCUCUUUGUAACUCGUGCCUGUCACAGUACUUUGCCUUUAAGUGCGUUGGAAAGUAAUUUCUGUGUGUACUUUAAUGUUUCUUGUAAAUCUGUUUUGACUUGGCUGAGGAUAAUUUUUUUAUAGAACUAGAUCUGGUUCUUCUGUAUUUUGAACCCUUAUUUUUAAACCUGUUCUUGACUACACUUUACCUAGCCUGAGGGCAGACAAGUCUGUAACAAACUGCAUAGUUCAACUGUAUUUUGUACUGGUCAAUGUGUAAUAAAUUGGUAUUAAACCAUC